CUCUCUCACUCAUCACUUUCUCUCUCUAUGUGCAGUCUUAAACCGUGAAAACUGACCCCUUAUCUUCUUCAUCUUCUUCCUUUUUUUCAUCUCGUACGAUUCACAUUUUCCUCAGCCAUAGAUUUUUUCUUUUUUCUUUUUUACAAAUAAUAAAUCUCUGAAAAACCCUCAUCCCUUCAUCUCCAAUCCAUUUUCCCACCACCAAAAAAUACCGAAAAAGUUUAUUACAUUUAAGAAAAUAAAAAAAAAUAUCAAUGGCGAAGAAGAAAGUUUCACAGUCACACCAGGAGAAGCCAUUGCAGAAGCAAGACGAUUCCGUGAAAGCAGCGGCGAAUCAAGAGGUGUCGCCGCCCAUGGAUUCCGAGGCUUCAGAAAAGCUCGAGAGCCUGAAAUCGCUGAAUCAGAUACUGGUGAAGGAGUCCUUUGAGCGCCGCCAGCAGGUGGAGUCGCUUGUUCAGUCCAAGGCGUCUCUGGAGAGUGAGUUAACUCGGUCGAACUCGGACAAGGAGGGGCUGAUGUCCGAGUUGACUCGGCUGGGUGAGACGGCGGCGGCGCUGGAACUCGAGAGGAGCGUGGUGGCUGUUUUUGUUGCCGAGCAGGUGGCGCAGAAUGGGGAGGUGUUCGAGCGUGAGGUUAAGGGUUUGGAGAGUGAAUUGAAGGGUUUGAGAGGAGUGAUUGGUGAAAAGGAGAGUGAGAUUGGGAGUUUGACUGAGAAGCUGAGUGAGAUCGAAGGUGAAUUGGGAAACGAGAGGGCGGUUUUGAAGGGUGUUUGUGUUGAGAGGGAUGAAAUCAAGGGUAAACUUGAUUUACAGAUUGAUGAGAGCAAGGGUUUGAAGGCGAAUUUGAUUGAAUUUGAAGAGAAGAACAGGGUUAUGGAACGAGCGAUUGGAGAAUUGAGAAGCACGUACAAUGCUGUAUUGGGUGAAAAGGAAGAGAGGGAGAUGAGGAUUGAGUCGAUUCUGAGGGAGAAAGAUUCGAUCGAGAGGAGUUUAGUGGAAUCCAAUAAGUUGGCAGAAAAUUUGAAGGAAGAACUUUCCGGAGUUGUAAGAGAAAAGGAAGGAAUCGAAGAGGAGAAAAAUGCGGAAAUUAUUAAAAGGCAAGAGUUGGAGAAUGCAGUGAGUGGACUCAACGAGACGGUGGUCGAUUUGCAAAAGGAGGAGACGAAAUUGAACGAGUUUGUGGCCGAGUUGGAGAAGAAGUGUGUGGAAGGUGAAGAGAGGCACAAGGAUAUGGUGAGGGAGAUUACUCAAUUGGUGGAAGAAAAGAAGUCGAGUGAGGAAAGAAUUGAGGGAUUGACCGAUGAAAAAACGGCUAUUGGGAAGGAUUUGAAAGAGGCGUUGGAGCAGUUAGCGGAGCAGAAGCUCAAAAUCGAGGAAAUGGUUAAUGAGAAGAUUGUCGUACUGGAGGCUAAAGAUACACUGGAUAGUGAAGUUAGGGAGUUGCAAAACCAAGUUCUUGAACUGAAGGCUGUUGUUUCGAAAUUGGAGGAAAAUAAUCGAGCCGAAGCGGAGAAGAUCAAGAAUUUAGAUUCUGAAGUUGGGGAAUAUAAGUCGAAGCUUGAGGAGGUUAAAAUUAAGAGGGAUGAAAUGCAGAAAAUUAUUCAAGAAGAGAAGAAGAAUGGUGUUAGAUUGAACGAAAAGAUUACCGAGUUGGAGAAUAAAGUCGAGGAAAGCCUCAAGGCGUACGAGGAAUUGAAGGCCAAGAACGGUUCGAUAUUUGCUGAAAAGGUGGAGCUAGAGAGCAAGUGCGAAAAGCUGAAGAAGGGGAUUUCGUCGUUGGAAAAUACGAUAAUCGAGGCACGGAACGAAUUCGAUUCGAUGAAGGUCAAAUUUGAAUCCGCGGAUGCAAACUCUGAGCUGGUGAUGAGUAUGUUGAAGGACACAGUGGCUUUUUGCUCGAAAGGGGAGGCUGACGUGGCGGCGGUGGACGGUGUUGUUAUUGGUAAUAAAAACGGUGGGGAAUCGAAGGGUUGUGUGGUGGAAUUAGAGAUGAUAAAGAAUGCUUUCAAGAGUAAAAUGACUAAAGUAGAGACGAUGAAGAGGCAAAUGGAGUUGCUCCAGAAUUCGGUGGAAGAUGCGCACAAGAAGAAGAGCUUUUGGACGGUUUUGUCCUCGGCGACGACUCUCUUGGCUGCGAUUUCUCUUGCGUAUGUUGCUCGUGGUCAUUGAUUUGACUUUCUUGUUUUGAUGAUUAUGGCGAAAAUCGAAGUGGGAAAAGUUUUUUUUUGGUGCCUAACUAGAGAAGAGUACGAUGCUUUUAAUCUAGGUGUUUUUUUUUUCGACGUUUCGUUUGUGCAAUAAGCGAAUUCUUGAUGGUGAUAUCGAGACUUUGUUAUUGGUAACAAGUAGAUGAGUAACAACUCUUUGCUUUCAUCUUCCUUUGUAAUGCAGUUGCUUUGCUAAAUUUUAAUUCUAUGUUCUUGUUUUCGGAAAUGCUGUUUUCGGAAACUCUCUUU